CCGCCUCCAGGAAGCCUUCAGCCCCGUGCAGACGCGUGCAAGUGGGGUGAGGGCAAGCACGGGAGGCGAAUAUCUCAUUGUGCCGUACUGGGUGCUGGGUGAGGGGUUGCCAGGGAGUCGGGGGCGGGUCGUGCACAUUUCUCAGAUUUCCAUUCCCAGGCUGGAGGAGUGGGCCAAGUUGCCUUGGUCUGAAAUCAGGGGUCCAACCCGUGUGCCUGGGAAAGGCAUCCACGGCCCUCUGUCUCGCCCGCCGCGCCCCAUUUCUCCGCCGGAUAUUAAUGUGCUGGGUACUGGAGAAGCAGCAUGUAGAAAACCAGCAGUGUUUGGUGAUAGCCUGCUGCGGGAAAACCCUGCAACUUCAGAGGUGAAAGAUAGGCAGAUAAACGCAUAAUUACAGAAGAAGGGGUGGAUGCCAGGUCUGGGGGUGACACCCAGAAGUAAGAGGUCUGCUAAGUGUAGUGGACAGGUAAGAACAAUUCUAAGGUUCUGGAAGAGCUCUUUACACUUGGGCUUAAAUUAAGGAUAUAAAGAGUUCUCCAUGCCAAAAAGGGGAGGAAAGGCAUUCCAGACCAAUGGAAGCACAUGCAGAGAAGCUCAGAGAUACAGUAUCUUCAGGAAACUGCUAGUAGUUUGAGUAUUGCCAGGGAUGAGAGGCGAGAGAGGUCAGAAGGGACAAGAUCAUGAAAGAUCUUGGGAGGUAGGAGAUGGAGAAGCUACUGGAAAUGGCAGUAUUGGGAUUGGGAUUAUCAGCAAAUGCAGAGUGAAUUGGCAGACUUGAAGGCUGAAGCCAGAAUCAUGAGCUCUUGGGCUGCCUGAAAUGUCCAGACCAAAGGUACUGAGAGGUGAGGGAGAGUGGCCAGGCUAGAGGGGACUAGGGGGAUUUGAGGGCUGACUGAACAGGGAACAAGAAAAGGACAAUCAAAGAUGAUGCUCAGGUUGGUAACUAGGAUGACCUAGAGAUGGAGGUGCCUUUCACAGGGAUUGGGAACCUACCAGGAGGAACAGGUUGAGUGAGAACAGGACAUGGAGGCCAGUGCAGGCUUAGUUGGUUGAGACUGAGAUCCUUGUAGGCCAUCCAAGUGGAAAUACUUUAGGAGAAACUGUAUGUAGAAAGUUGGAGCUAAUUUCAAGUCAUAAAUAUUGAUAUGGGUGUCCUCAGCAUAUAGAAGACCACAGAAACAUGAGAGUAGAGGAGAUUGUUUGGAAAAAAGAGGAGGAGAAGAAGAAGAAGAAAAGGGAGAAGGAAGGAGAAGGAGAAAGCCCAGGGCUCUGCCAGUCUGAGACCUCAAGUGAUGACGAAAAUGCCAGCAAGGGCCCCACCUUCGAUCCUGAACUGGUCAUCGCCCACUGCUUCAAGCAGUUCAAGCAGGAGGACUUCCACCUGCCUCAGAGCCGCCGGCGGAUCAUCAUCUUGCCUCAAAAAGAGGAUCCAAUGCCUAUCAAUCUCAUGGCCCAACCCCAGACUCCCCCACAGCCGAUCUCCAGCUUCCAAGCCCUGGGAGCUGGGGACAUCCAAGGCCAACCAGACGACGUGAGGACCUGGCUGAGCCGGAGGCUGAAGCUUCGCCAGGACCUGGAGUCAUUUGGUAAUGUAGAGAGGUGGCUUCAGAACAAGCCCAGCCUCACACCUUCAGAGGCCAAGGUCUUGCACAUGAUCCAGAAGGAGCAGGAGGACCAGUUGUUAGACCACCUGACUACUAUCAGAGCCACCAAGAAGAGCCCCCGGCCCUCCCGCCGACUGGUGCCCCAGCUCCGAUUGCCCAAGCCCUCUGCCUUAUCAGCCUUGUACUCCUACCUGCACAGCCGCAAGAUCAAGAUCCUGGAGAUAUUUAGCAAAGUGGAAGGGGGCGAGCACCAGAAGAUCUCUAGGGAGGAAUUCGUUGUGACUCUGAAGGCGGUUGGAGUCCCUCUGAAAAACCAGGAGGUGGAAGAUGUUGUGAUCUAUCUCAGCUCUCUGGGAAAGGACAACAGCAUCACCACAGAUAUCCUAGUCAAUACCUACAAGCAGUGGUGUCUGGCUCAUCAGAAAAGCACCCUGGCAACUGCAAGGGAGUAUUAUAGACCUGCCAAGAUCAGAGUUUCCCCAUCGCAUCUGUCCAAGAAGCAGGUGAAUUUAGCCCCACAACCGUGCAAGAUGGACCUGCUGACUGUGCCCGUGGUUGACACCCAGAUGGAGGCGCGGCCCCUGACUCUGGAGGAGAUGGAGGACAUUGGCAAGCGGUACCGCGAGAGGAGGCGGAAGCACAAGCUCAAGAUCCCCUCCAUCCAGUACACGGAGCGGUGCCGCCUGGUGCGCAGCGGGAAUAAGCACUUUGAUGAGCACUGCCUCCCAUCCACCAUCCAUGGGGAGAUGAAGGAGCUCAUCAACAAGUCCCGCAGGGACAACUUUCUGGUCUACCUGCAGUGCUGCAAGCUCUGUGAGUCCUACGGCCUCCCACUGACAGAGGACAUCCUCGUGAAAGCCCUGCUGUACCCGGGGGACAAGAUCAUUUUUCAGAAGAACCAGGUACGCCCAAUCCGGCAGCCGGGAGGCUACUACUCAGAUAUGAAGAUCUUCAGUCCAAAUCUGGCUCUACUCAAGUUCCAGGGCUUCAGUGAUGUUGUGGCUAAGAAGACUGACAAGCUGAGUAUCAGACCCCCUCUCUCCCCCCUGCCAUUUGCAUACCAGCAUACUUGAGGUGACAUGUUGUGCCAAUUCCUGUGGCCAAGCGUGCCCAGCAUGUCCAACCCAGCUGGUCCCCAGGGACUGGCCAAUUUCCAGUGUCUGAGGGCGUUAGCCUCCUUGCCUCGCUCCCAACCACAUCCUACGUGAUCUCAGCCUCUCUACAAAAGCUUAAAAAGAGGACCUUCUUAGGGAAAUAGGCCCCUUCUCAAAUCAUGGGUUGGCUGGUCAGGGGCCCUACAGAGGACAGAGGUGGCCAUCCCUUCUUUGUCCUGCCUUCUCUGGCAAGAGGUGGGCUUGCAUCAGGAGGAGAAAGGAACUCUGCAAUGGGGCCUGUCUCUGGCCCUCAGACCAACCUGAGUGCUAAGGAAAUGUCCUUCUUUGGGAGGAAGUGACCCAUGGGCAAGUUAUGAGCCAGCAUCCGUGGGUGACUGCAUAUUGGAGAGCAAGCAGCAUCCCUGCAUCCCUGAGGACGGACAGGGCUAAUGUGGGAUGAGGAGGGGCCAGCUGACCACAAGGGGGAGGGGACCGGGAACUGCCCACAUUCUAGAUCACUGCCAGCUGCCCACUGCGGUGGUAUGGCCAGAACAGCUGGGAUGAGAUACAGCAGAGCCAAGUGGAAAUCCCACAGGCUGCAGGUUAAACGGACAAGAUACUUCACUGUCUGAGCCUCAGCUUUUCAUCUGUUAAAUGAGCGUAACAGCCCCUCCACACACAAUGAGGAUCAGAUGAGAAAUGCAUAUUAACUUCCUAGCAUGGUGUUUGGCAGAUAGUUAGCCCUUGGAAGCAGUGAUAGUUGUUGUUUUACCUGUCCCAUCAGGACAAUAUCGACUGAAGGCAUGGGUCUGGGCCUACAGAGGGGCCUGUCCACAACCCUGGGGAGGCAGAGCUGAGCACGAGUCAGAAGGCUGGUGGC